AUGAUUUCACAAAAAAGACAAAGGCGAAAGAGCAUACAGAACAGUGACCCUGGGAAAAUCAUGGAUUUGGUUAUGAAUUUAACAGAUGAUAAGUGUGCUCAGCUGCAAAUAAAAAUUAAUACAUACAUACGUGAAGAAUGCGAGGCUGAAUUGGCGUUAUUAGUGGUAGUAAAUGGAGAAUACUCGGAGGCCUUCAUAGAAGCCGUCGGUAACUCGGUUUUACAAAGUAAACAUAAAAUAUCUCUUUCUCAGAAAUUCAAUGAUGUACUUAAAUCUGUCGUGGAACAGACUGAAAAUUUAAUUAACAUGGGAGAAGAUUUUAAAGCUAUUGUUGCACCACAUUUGCCAGAAAAUCAAACGAAGAAGCGAAUCGUUAUGUUCCCAAUCAAGGACAAACAGUUUUCUUUGAUCGUUUGUGUUGUCGCGCCGAACAUUCUGGAAGAACGGGUCGCUUUAAUAAUCUAUGAGUGUUUUCUGUUUUUCUGGCCAGUGCUGAAGAAAUCCAUCGCACUGGAAUACGAAUGCACGCUGAAAGAAAAGUGUCAACAGUUGCUUCGUGUAGCCAGGCACCUGUUUGCUCAGGUGGAUUCCUUGGAGGCCCUCCUAAAUAUCACAAUGGAACAAGCGAAGCUACUGAUGAAGGCGGAAUACUGCACCGUGAUGCUGGUGGACGUUGAUCACAUGGAUCUGGUCGAGAAUUAUUAUUCUAUGGAGCAAGGAUUGAAUAAAAAGGAGAUCGUGAAAAGGCGAUUCAAAAUGAACGUCGGUAUAGCAGGCCACGUUGUCAGCACCGGCAAGCUCGUGAACGCGAAAAAUGCCCGGGAACAUCCACAUUUCUUACAUGACAUAGAUUCUUACCCAGGAAUUGAGUGCAAGUCACUUCUAUGUUUCCCAAUUCGCGACCAGUCCGGUAUCAUUGGUGUAGUGUGUCUCAUCAACAAAGUUGACGAUCCUUACUUCAACGCCAUGGACGAGGAAAUGGCGCUGGCGUUCAGCGUAUACUGCGGAGUGUGUAUUGUCCAUUCCGUAGUGUACCAGAAGAUGCAGGAGGCGCACAUCAGAAACGCUCUAGCAAAUGAGCUUGUGAUGUAUCAUAUGAAGGUGGAUGAUACCGAAGUGGACAAUCUACUAGAAUGUAAUGGCUUCCACAAGCACCCACACAUCGCGAACCUGCACUUCAACAUCCGGGCUCUGCCGCUGCGCGAGCUGCCUUGCUACGUUGUCAAGAUGUUCUCCGAUCUCGGAUAUGAGAAGAAGUACAACAUAAAAAGAGACAAGCUCGCCCGGUUCGUCCUACACGUGAAGAAGAGCUACAGGGACGUUCCAUACCACAAUUGGUUGCACGCAUUCAACGUGGCUCAAUGGGCUUACGCAGCCCUCAUCAACUUCAAGCUUGUGGCACAUGGAUACCUAAAUGAUCUGCAAGCGUUUAUGUACUUAAUAGCCUGUCUCGUACACGAUAUGGAUCAUCGUGGAACCACCAACAGAUUCCAAAUACAAGGGCAGACAAGUUUGGCGGCUUUGUACAGCAGCGAGGGUAGCGUGAUGGAGCGGCACCACCUGGCGCAGGCCAUGUGCGUCCUCAACGCGCAGGGCUGCGACCUGCUGGCCGGCCUGCCGCGGUUGGAAUACGACCGCGCCAUUUUGUUGCUGCGCGACUACAUCCUCGCGACCGACUUGUCCAACUAUUUCAACAAUCUUGGCGAAUACAAAUUGAUAUCGUUGGACUAUCAAAAAGGCAACCGACUGCACACGCAGGUCCUGCAGGCUUUGCUGAUGAACGCGGCUGACCUUAGCGACCAGCUCAAAGACUGGACCACCAUUAAAAAGACUGCUGCCGCAGUCUUGACAGAGUUUUUCAAGCAGGGCGACUUGGAGAAAAGCUUCGGAAUACCGGCCCUUAGCAUAAUGGACCGCGAGAAGUGUUUCAUCCCCGAACUAGAGAAAGAGUUCCUCGUGAGCUGCUGUGUGCCGCUGUUUGAGAUGCUUGGCAGAAUCAUUCCAAAAGCUCAGCCAUGUUUAAAGGUAAUUGAGAGCCACGUAGAGAAAUGGGAUGCGGCGACUUAUGUGUUUUCGGAGGUACCAGUAACAGCCGGGCUAUCGGUUCUUCUAAGCCCAGAAUUAGAUAAACUAAUCGAACAAAGCAUGAAAGAGAGAGAACGGAAGCGUUUGGAGGUUGAAGGCGCGGCGAAAGAAACUUGA